AUGCAUUUUUCCAAUUCUCGCCACCGACCUCCUCCACUCCCACUCCCGGUGCCCUCUUCAGAACGAUUCUACCCAUCUUCCACUGACAACCUACUUCCUGUCAACGACCCUUUCUAUCCUGCUGAACGAUUCUCCACUCCUGAUCCAACAUCGAAUGGUUUAGUGCGUCGUAAAUCGAUAUUGAAAAUGCCCAAAGUGGACAUAACAUGGGACGACACCACCCGUCCCCAAACACCCACACCCAAUCGACCAAUCACACCUAUUUCUAAUCCUAGAAAACUUCAAAAGCAUUACAAACCUGAAGCUCAACCGAUCAAGGGAGUUAGGUUCACGCCUUCUACUCAAGGUGAGGGAUUUUCUCAUGGAUUACCUACACCCGAUCCAACCCCAGGGAAGGGGAAGGAAAUGAAAGUGAAGAAGAAACCGUCUUGGAUUCAUUGGCCGUUCACUUCCCACAACCAAAACACCAGUGGAUCUUAUAGAGAUGUAUCAAAGGAAAAUAGACUACCUACUCUGAGGGACACUCCAUCGCCGACUGGAUCAGAUUGUUCAUGGCAUCAUCAUUCUUCCUAUUUCCCUGAAUACACACCGAUAUAUCCCAAAUCACCUUCUACCAUCACUCCGAGCUUGUACCCGCUUACCGCGGCAGAGUUGCAGGCUCAAGAACAUUCAUCAAGAGUAGGUCAUUCGGUGGUGGUUCAUUAUCCGAUGUUACCAUCUUGGAACGAAUACAGUGGUGGACAACAAGAUAAAGCCAAGGCCGGUUGGCAAUCUUCGACGAAUGGGUUGAUGAAUGGGUGGAAUGGGUAUGGAUGGACGGGAGACAAUUUGCCGAAAGCCAAUGAAUUGACAUUUGGUAAACCCGCACCAGCGGGUGAACCUCUUGAAGGUGAGAAGAAGAAGAAAAAGAAGAAGAAGAAGAAAGGUGGACAAGGUGGUGGUGGAGGGGGUGGUGGCGGAGCAGGUGAAGAAGGAGGCGAUGAUGAUGAAGAAGGUGGUGAAGGUGAAGGAGGCGAUGAAGAAGGUGGAUAG